AUGAAUGCUAAUUUAAAUUACUGUCAUCAGGAGGUAUCUGCAACUGCUCUACUGCCAUAUAAGAAAUAUCUGGCGACAGCACUUCUGCCAUACAAGAAAUAUCUGGUAACUGGUCUUCUGUUAUGCAAGAGGUAUCUGGCAACUGCUCUACUGCCAUACAAGAAAUAUCUGGCAACUGCUCUAUUGUCAUACAAAUGGUAUCUGGCAACUGCUCUACUGCCAUACAUGGAAACUGUUCUACUGUCAUACAAGAGCAACUGUUCUACUGCCAUAAAAGAAAUAUCUGGAAACUACUCUACUAAGAAAUAUCUGGAAACUGCUCAACUGCCAUACAAGAAAUAUCUAGCAACUGCUCAACUGUCAUACAAGAAAUAUCUGGCAACUGCUCAACUGCCAUACAAGAAAUAUCUGGCAACUUAUCUACUGUCAUACAAGAAAUAUCUGGAAACUGCUCAACUGCCAUACAAGAAAUAUCUGGCAACUGCUCUACAAUUAUACAAGAAAUAUCUGGCAACUGCUCAACUGCCAUACAAGAAAUAUCUGGCAACUGCUCAACUGCCAUACAAGAAAUAUCUGGAAACUGCUCAACUGCCAUACAAAAAACAUUUGGCAACUGCUCUACAGUGCUACAAGAAAUAUCUGGCAACAGCUCUACAGUCCUACAAGAAAUAUCUUGAAACUGCUCAACUGCCAUACAAGAAAUAUAUGGAAACUGCUCAACUGCCAUACAAGAAAUAUCUGGAUACAAAAAAUAUCUGGAAACUGCUCAACUGCCAUACAAGAGCAAUUGCUAAGAAAUAUUUGGAAACUGCUCUACUGACAUACAAGAAAUAUCUGGCAACUGCUCUACUGUCAUACAAGAAAUAUCUGGAAACUGCUCAGCUGCCAUACAAGAAAUAUCUGGCAACUGCUUUACAGUCCUACAAGAAAUAUCUGGCAGCUGCUCUACUGUCAUACAAGAAAUAUCUGGAAACUGCUCAAUUGCCAUACAAGAAAUAUCUGGCAACUGCUCUACAGUCAUACAAGAAAUAUCUGGCAACUGCUCAACUGCCAUACAAGAAAUAUUUGGCAACUGCUCAACUGCCAUACAAGAAAUAUCUGAAAACUGCUCAACUGCCAUACGAGAAAUAUUUGGCAACUGCUCAACUGCCAUACAAGAAAUAUCUGAAAACUGCUCAACUGCCAUACAAGAAAUAUUUGGCAACUGCUCUACAGUCCUACAAGAAAUAUCUGGCAACUGCUCUACAGUCCUACAAGGAAUAUCUGGAAACUGCUCAACUGCCAUACAAGAAAUAUCUGGAAACUGCUCAACUGCCAUACAAGAGCAAUUGCUGUACUGUCAUACAAGAAAUAGCACCAUACAAGAAAUAUCUGGAAACUGCUCAACUGCCAUACAAGAAAUAUUUGGCAACUGCUCUACAGUCCUACAAGAAAUAUCUGGCAACUGCUCUACAGUCCUACAAGAAAUAUCUGGAAACUGCUCGACUACCAUACAAGAAAUAUCUGGCAACUGCUCAACUGCCAUAUAAGAAAUAUCUGGAAACUGCUCAACUGCCAAACAAGAAAUAUUUGGCAACUGCUCUUCAGUCCUACAAGAAAUAUCUGGCAACUGCUCUACAGUCCUACAGGAAAUAUCUGGAAACUGCUCAACUGCCAAACAAGAAAUAUCUGGAAACUGCUCAACUGCCAUACACGAGCAAUUGCUGUACUGUCAUACAAGAAAUAUCUGGAAACUGCUCAACUGCCAUACAAGAGCAAUUGCUGUACUGCCAUACAAGAAAUAUCUGGAAACUGCUCUACUGUCAAAGAGGUAUCUGGUAA